CAAGCGCUCCCGCAGGAUGGCGCGGGCCAAACUGCCGCGCUCUCCGUCCGAGGGCAAGGCGGGUCCGGGGGACACCCAAGCCGGCGCUGCAGCCCCUGAGGAGCCGCACGGGCUCAGCCCGCUGCUGCCGGCCCGCGGCGGGGGCUCCGUGGGCAGCGACGUGGGCCAGAGGGUCCAGGUGGAGUUCUAUGUCAAUGAGAACACCUUCAAAGAGCGGCUCAAGCUGUUCUUCAUCAAAAACCAAAGAUCCAGCCUGAGGAUCCGGCUGUUCAACUUCUCCCUCAAGCUCCUCACCUGCCUGCUGUAUAUCGUCCGUGUCCUGCUUGACAACCCAGACCAGGGCAUCGGAUGCUGGGGCUGCACGAAGUAUAACUACACAUUCAAUGGCUCAUCCUCCGAGUUCCACUGGGCUCCCAUUCUGUGGGUGGAGAGGAAGAUGGCUCUGUGGGUGACCCAGGUCAUUGUGGCCACAAUAAGCUUCUUAGAGACCAUGCUCCUCAUUUACCUCAGCUACAAAGGCAACAUCUGGGAGCAGAUCUUCCAUGUGUCUUUCGUCUUGGAGAUGAUCAACACACUGCCCUUCAUCAUCACGGUCUUCUGGCCACCUCUUCGGAACCUGUUCAUCCCUGUGUUUCUCAACUGCUGGCUGGCCAAGCAUACACUGGAGAACAUGAUCAAUGACUUCCACCGUGCCAUCCUGCGCACACAGUCAGCCAUGUUCAACCAGGUGCUCAUCCUCUUCUGCACCCUGCUAUGCCUUGUCUUCACAGGGACCUGUGGGAUCCAGCACCUGGAAAGGGCAGGUGGGAACUUGAACCUGCUGACUUCCUUCUACUUCUGCAUCGUCACUUUCUCAACUGUGGGCUUCGGUGAUGUAACACCCAAGAUCUGGCCCUCCCAGCUCCUGGUGGUCAUCCUGAUAUGUGUGACCCUUGUGGUACUCCCACUGCAGUUCGAAGAGCUUGUCUACCUCUGGAUGGAGCGGCAGAAGUCAGGGGGCAACUACAGCCGCCACCGAGCACAGACAGAGAAGCAUGUGGUUCUGUGCGUGAGCUCCCUCAAGAUUGACCUCCUCAUGGAUUUUCUGAAUGAGUUCUAUGCCCACCCCCGGCUCCAGGACUACUAUGUGGUCAUCUUGUGUCCCUCUGAAAUGGAUGUCCAGGUGCGGAGGGUACUGCAGAUUCCCCUGUGGUCCCAGCGGGUCAUCUACCUCCAGGGCUCUGCCCUCAAGGAUCAGGACCUCAUGCGAGCCAAGAUGGACAAUGGAGAGGCCUGCUUUAUCCUCAGCAGCAGGAAUGAGGUGGACCGCACAGCUGCGGAUCACCAGACCAUCCUUCGAGCCUGGGCUGUGAAAGACUUUGCCCCCAACUGUCCCCUCUACGUCCAGAUCCUCAAGCCCGAAAACAAGUUUCACGUCAAAUUUGCUGACCAUGUGGUGUGCGAGGAGGAGUGCAAGUACGCCAUGCUGGCCCUGAACUGCAUCUGCCCGGCCACCUCCACCCUCAUCACCCUUCUGGUGCACACAUCCCGUGGCCAGGAAGGACAGGAAUCACCAGAGCAGUGGCAGCGCAUGUAUGGGCGCUGCUCGGGCAACGAAGUAUACCACAUUCGCAUGGGUGAAAGCAAAUUCUUCCGGGAGUACGAAGGCAAGAGCUUCACCUACGCGGCCUUUCACGCACACAAGAAGUAUGGUGUGUGCCUCAUUGGGCUGAAGCGUGAGGAGAACAAGAGUAUCUUGCUGAACCCGGGGCCACGGCACAUCCUGGCCACCUCUGACACUUGCUUCUACAUCAAUAUUACCAAGGAGGAGAACUCAGCCUUCAUCUUCAAGCAGGAGGAAAAGCAGAAGAGGCGGGGUCUUGCAGGGCAGGCCCUUUACGAGGGGCCUUCCCGGCUCCCAGUGCAUAGCAUCAUCGCCUCUAUGGGGACAGUGGCCAUGGACCUGCAGAACACGGAUUGCCGGCCCUCCCAGGGUGGCAGUGGUGGAGGCAGCGGCAAGCUGGCCCUGCCCACAGAGAAUGGCUCUGGCAGUCGGCGCCCCAGCAUUGCACCUGUUCUGGAGCUGGCAGACAGCUCAGCCCUGUUGCCCUGCGACCUCCUGAGUGACCAGUCAGAAGACGAGGUGACACCCUCAGACGACGAGGGGCUCUCUGUGAUUGAGUAUGUGAAGGGCUACCCCCCCAACUCACCCUACAUUGGCAGCUCCCCAACCUUGUGCCACCUUCUGCCUGUGAAAGCCCCCUUCUGCUGCCUGCGACUGGACAAGGGCUGCAAACACAACAGCUAUGAGGAUGCCAAGGCCUACGGGUUCAAGAACAAGCUGAUUAUCGUCUCUGCUGAGACAGCCGGCAAUGGGCUCUACAACUUCAUUGUGCCUCUGCGAGCCUACUACCGGUCCCGCCGGGAGCUCAACCCCAUCGUGCUGCUGCUUGACAACAAGCCUGACCACCACUUCCUGGAGGCCAUCUGUUGCUUCCCCAUGGUCUACUACAUGGAGGGCUCCGUGGACAACCUGGAUAGCCUGCUGCAGUGUGGCAUCAUCUAUGCUGACAAUCUGGUGGUGGUGGACAAGGAGAGCACCAUGAGUGCUGAAGAGGACUACAUGGCAGACGCCAAGACCAUUGUCAAUGUGCAGACCAUGUUCCGGCUUUUCCCCAGUCUCAGUAUUACCACGGAGCUCACACACCCUUCCAACAUGCGGUUCAUGCAGUUCCGUGCCAAGGACAGCUACUCUCUGGCUCUUUCCAAACUGGAGAAGCAAGAACGGGAGAAUGGCUCCAACCUGGCCUUCAUGUUCCGCCUGCCAUUUGCUGCUGGCCGAGUGUUUAGUAUCAGCAUGUUGGAUACACUGCUCUACCAGUCCUUCGUGAAGGACUACAUGAUCACCAUCACCAGGCUGCUGUUGGGCCUUGACACUACCCCAGGCUCUGGCUACCUCUGUGCUAUGAAGGUAACUGAGGAUGACCUGUGGAUCCGCACUUAUGGCCGACUCUUCCAGAAGCUCUGCUCCUCCAGUGCUGAGAUCCCCAUCGGAAUCUACAGGACUGAGUGCCACGUCUUCUCUGCUGAGCCCCACGACCUCAGAGCCCAGUCCCAGAUCUCAGUGAACAUGGAGGACUGCGAGGAUACUCGGGAUGCCAAGGGACCCUGGGGCACACGGGCUGCAUCUGGCAGUGGCAGCACCCAUGGCCGCCAUGGGGCCAGUGUUGACCCAGCGGAGCACCCACUACUGCGCCGCAAGAGCCUGCAGUGGGCCCGCAAGCUGAGUCGCAAGAGCAGCAAGCAGGCGGGGAAGGCACCUGCGGCCACGGAGUGGAUCACCCAGCAGCGGCUCAGCCUGUCCCGGCGCUCGGAACGCCAGGAGCUCUCGGAGCUGGUCAAGAACCGAAUGAAGCACCUGGGGCUGCCCACCACUGGCUAUGAGGACGUAGCAAAUUUAACAGCCAGUGAUGUGAUGAAUCGGGUAAACCUGGGAUAUUUGCAAGAUGAGAUGAACGAUCAUCACCAGAAUACCCUUUCCUACGUACUCAUCAACCCCCCACCAGACACAAGGCUGGAGCCCAACGAUAUUGUGUACCUCAUCCGUUCCGACCCCCUGGCCCACAUGUCCAGCAGCUCCCAGAGUCGCAAGAGUAGCUACAGCAACAAGCUCUCAUCCUGUAAUCCUGAGACCCGGGAUGAGACACAGCUCUGAGCAGUGAGAAGGCCAUGCUGGGGCAGACAGGUGGACACGGAACAAGAGGGAACACCGUCACACCCUAGCCUGGCCCACGCAGGCUGCACUAUGACUAUUUAGUGGCUCUAGGGCUUGCCCCCAAAAAGGAAGUCUUCUCAGUGGGGCCAGUAGUGAGACCACUGGACCACCCUGAAAGCUGGCAGGGAGCACUUUUUAACCUAUUUUUACAAAUCUGUUUGAUUUACGUCUCUUUACACAGCUGUACCACAACUCGUGACUGGGUUCAGACCAAAGUGUGAGGCAAGCAACCAAAGGACAGAACAGGGACUGGACACUGCCCCAGAGCCCACCACCGUGCAUGGCUUCACUCAGUAACUUCUGCAGGGGCGCUGGGGCCAUAGGAGAAGGAGAGACCUGGAAUUGGGGGGUCCUCUUGCAGUGUGUUCUCUAGCCACACAACAUGCUGUUCUGAUCAGAGCUGCUACUGGGCUCUGGAACUACACCAGGGCCUAUGGGUUGCCUCUCCCCAGAAGCAGGUAAGGGGCCAACCAAUAAAGAUGCCACACAUCUUUAAGGAGAGGAGAAAAACAGGGACUUGGAAACCUGGUCAGGAGGCCCCAUCCUGACCCUGUGCUCUGCAGCCCCUGCAGGGGUCUGCGGUGCAUCUUCACGGAGUCCUGCAGCUUUGGCUAUGGAAGUCAGAUACUGUUUCUAGCCAUCACACUUGAGCUUCCCCAGCCAUGAUGUUUGGGGACCCAGGACUGGCAGUCGAUGUGUCUCUGUGGACCAUUUCACACACUCAGAGCAGUGUUAUCUCUAAACAACUGGUCUGAGAAGCACAAUUAACUCUGGGCCCUGGCCAUGGCUCGGGUCUCCAGGGAUUGCUCCAGGCAGCUGACUUCAUUCUUGUUUGUGGUUUGUACAGUCAGAACCUUCUAUUAAAAUGGAUACACCCUGCAGGCAUGCAUGGGACAAGACAGCCCAUCAAGGCUCCAGAGCACUGGGUGUGGGAUACCGCAGAGGCUCACCUGUCUUAGGGCUAUUCCUCACCACAGACUUCACAGACUAGCCUCCAACCCCUGCCAUGGCCAGCAUGGCCUUCCCAAAACACUAACAAAAUCCUCUGUGGCUAUAAGUGGCUGGGUCUGGGCAGCUGCCCCAGGGUGUAUGGGGUAUAAUGCCCAGAGGACCUCAAGCAAGCUGUCCAUCAAUUUCUAUGGUCCAGCAUGCCCCUGAGGAAGCCAGAGCUCACAUAAGGCCCCAAACCCCUGGAAAUCUAUCCUCACCCCACAAUGGGGAGGAAGGUGGCCCUGAUGUGACUAUGUGAAUCACCACCACCCACCUGGGGUGUUUCUUGAGUGUCCUAAAAGGCUGAGAUAAGUGGGAUGGACCAAAGGGCCCAGGCUUUCUCAGAGCAAAUGGAACUUCAGAUGAGCAGGCAAUAAGGGGGAAGGCAGUUGCUGCAGUGUGCCUGAGAAGGGUGCUUAGGGCCAAGCCUCCCUGUCCCGUGACCUGCCUGCAAAUCCAGCCUUCCUACCGCCACUCCUUGCCUGUCUGGAACCUAGCUCACAAAGUAUGCCUGAGUCUUGGGGAAGUGUUAUGGGACAGAGUUGGCUGUGAGGACUCGGAAGUUCUGCGGCCUGGGUUGAGAAGCAGGUAGUUUAACCCUGGGUGAGGGUGGCCAGGACUUACCUAGGCUGGGAUCUUAUCAGUGGCCAUCAGUCUGUAGCAGGAGGGGGCUUAGCCUGUACCCACAUUCUAUCUCCCUGCUCGACCACUUGCCUGGCUGCUGAGCCCAGAGAACAGCAGAGGUGCUCUUCAUCUAGAUGGCCGAAGUCUUCAAGCUGCCCUGGAAGCUGCCACCUCUGAAGCCCCUUGGGAAAAGCCGCCUGACCCAUAUGUGGAUGUUUACUGCCUUGUGCGCCUACAUACAGCAUGGACAAACAUUUUCAGUCACCAAUAGUGGGGGGGGGAGGGGGGCUUCUCCCACAGGUAGAGGCAGAUAACUCCACCUCAGCCUUUUGAUAGUUUCUAAAGAUGCCAAGCCCUGGGACUGGUACUUGGGCCUGGAGGAUUUGUGUGCUGCGAUCAAUAAAAGCCACUUGCACAGCUGGAAUCUUCCAUGGCUUCCAUUGCCUUCAUCUCCAGGCUUAGAAGACAACCUGUCUUUUGCAGUAUCCCUGUGCACUGCCAUUCCUGGAUACCGUCAAUUCUCCCAGCCCUCAUACCCUGCUGGGACACUCGCAUGAACACUUGUUUCAAAUGGAAAGGCCCUGCCUUUCCACUGCAACAGAACUUUCAAAGUACACAAAAUUAGCAAGAAGCCUUUUAUCUCUCUUGUUCCUAACUAAUUGAGCCAAAACCUGCUCAAAAUAGCGCCAAAUGUCUUGGGUGCUGUAGCCUUUGGUUAAGUGAGGCAAUGGCAGCAGUGACUAGGAGUGCUUCUGCGGGGGUGGGGGGUGCUCAAGAGCAGGGAGCCUGUGCAGUAUGUGUUUGCUGCAGGUUCUAGGCCAUCUCAGGAACUUGUUUUUAAAGAUGGGCUUUGACAGGCAGAGGAAGGGAUUUCUGAUUGCUUAGGUGCUUAAUGCAGAAAAAGAGGAAGGGCAGAGACAGAGACCAUAGCAAAGGACAAAACAGUUGCACACGGGUGACACCAAUCCAGCUAUACAUCUGCCACAUCAGCUGGCCAAUGACAAGGCAGAGCCACAGUGGACAAGAAAGCAAGACUCUGAGACAUGACCCAUCUCCCAGGUCCCACUCACUCCACCAAUCCAUGUGCCUCAUGCUGCAAGGCAUCUGGUUGGGAGUUUUCAAGACAGAUUGCUAAGGGCGUGUGACCAGUCUACCUCUGCCAGAACACCCAGGUCAGCACCACCAUGCUCUUAUCCCACCACUCUGACCCUUCAUCUUACACACACCCCAUGCAGUCACAUCUUAAUGACGAUGUCAAGGGUCUUUUUAAACUGAGUCACAAUUUUUCCCCCUUGGAUAAACUUCAUUAGGAAGACAGUGUAGAAUACAAAGAAAUACUGCAUUUGAAUAACAAUAAAACAAUAUUGUUGUGGGGAAGCUAACAGUUUUAGAUAAUACCUUAUUAAUUUCAGUUUAUUUUCUGUCUUCCCUUCUGAGAAAGCAGGUUCCUUGAGAAUGGGGUUCUGUGUGUCUAAUGCUCGCUGCACACAAAGCAGAGAUAUACCUUUGGUAUCA